AUGUCAAAUGAAGUAAUUGUCAACAAAUCUGUUACUUACGUUAACAAUACUACUCCUGUCACAAUCACAUCUUCAGAGAUAGAUUUGAGAUCCUGUUAUCAAGACGAUGAAAUUGUGAUUGAAGUGCAUGCUGCUGCUUUAAAUCCAAUUGAUUUUAUUACUCAUCAGCUUUGUAACUCCUACUUAUUCGGCAAAUAUGCUAAGACUUAUUCUAGAGAUUACAGUGGCGUUAUCAUUAAGGUGGGAAAGAAUGUCGAUGAUUGCUGGAAAAUUGGUGACAAGGUCAAUGGUAUGUACAAUCAUAUCUAUGGUGAACGUGGUACUUUGACGCAUUACUUAGUACUCAACCCUGCAAAGGACAUUCCCAUUACGCAUAUGAUAGAGGUUCCCAAAGACGAUAGUGACCCUUAUGAUGAUUUCGUAUACGCUGCUGCUUGGCCCUUAACUUUCGGCACCGCGUUUUCUGUGUUGAACGAUUUUAAGCGAGACUGGAACUCUAAUUCAAAAGUCCUAGUUAUUGGGGCCUCAACUUCUGUGUCAUAUGCUUUCGUCCAUAUUGCAAAAAAUUACUUCAACAUUGGCACUGUUGCUGGUAUUUGUAGCAAAAGUUCCAUUGAACGUAACAAGGACCUAGGAUACGAUUACUUAGUUCCGUACGAUGAAGGAUCCAUUGUAGAAAAUGUCAAGAAAUUGAAGCAAAGCAAAUUGGAAAACGAAAAGUUUGACAUGAUAUUUGAUUCAGUUGGUAACCAUGAGUUUUUUCCCGUUAUUGACCAGUUCUUGAAACCAAAAGAGAAAAAUUCUUUCUAUGUAACAAUUGCGGGAAACAACAAAGCCGAUUAUAAAAACAUCACUUGGAGAGAUUUUGUAUCAUUGAGUUUAGUGUUCACAGCUCUUAACCCAUUUAAAAAAUACAACUGGCGUUUUGGCCACCCAUCGCCCUCCAACAACUUCAUUGAAGUUGGUAAUGAAAUGAUCAAAAAUGGUACUUAUAAGCCACCCAUUGAUUCUGUCUACCGGUUUGAACAGUACAAAGAAGCUAUUGACAGAAUAAUGUCCAAUAGGGCCAAAGGCAAAGUAGUUAUUAAGAUGAAGUAA